AUGCAGGGCUUCAACAUGGGACGUUACGUCCCCCCAGACGUCGAAGGCACAAUAUCCGGCAACGCCCUCAACAAAAAACACCCCCUCGGAUCCCGCGCCUCAAAACCCGGCGCCCUAACCGUCCGCUUCGAGCUCCCAUACGCCGUCUGGUGCAGCACCUGUCCGAAAUCCACAAUCAUCGGACAAGGCGUGCGCUUCAACGCCGAGAAGCGUCGCGUGGGAAGUUAUUUCUCAACGCCGAUAUGGAGUUUCAAAUUCAAGCACGUUGAGUGCGGUGGCGAGAUUGAAAUUCGCACGGAUCCGAAGAAUACGGCGUAUGUGGUCGUCGCGGGCGGUACGAAGAGGGAUACCGGCGAGGAUGUACAGCGCGAGGGCGAUGCGGUUAUAAUGACGGACCAAGAGAGGGAGGCGCUUAGGAAGAAUGCCUUCGCGAGUCUCGAGAAGACGAUAGCAGAUCGGGAACAGCUCAAGAAUGCGACGUUACGGAUAGACGAACUUACAGAAUCAUCGGCGAAAUACUGGGACGAUCCGUAUACGCAGAAUCAGAAAUUACGGAAUGCUUUUAGAGCAGGGCGCAAAGAGCGCGAGCGCGAUGCAGCGGCCACAGGCGCAUUGCAAGAUCGCAUGAGUCUUGGCCUAGAUAUUCUUCCUGGCACGGAAGAAGAUGCUCGGCGCGCAGCGCUAGUUGACUUUGGAUCUGUGGACGAUGGACGAGAUCGCGCAUUGUCGAAGCCAUUGUUCAAGACUGGAGAGAGUAAGAAGGAUUCGAAGAGUGGGAGUAAACUCAAAGCCGAUAAGGAGAUCUCGAAGCGCAAAGAAAUAUUUGUUUCGGAACUUAUGGGUAAUACUCGCGCUGCUAAGGAUCCCUUUUUGAAUGAUGCGCGGAGCGAGAAAGGACCUGCUAGAUUACCUGGUGUGAAGCGUAAGAGGCCAGUACAGGAAGCAGAGUCGCAUAAUUUAGAACCACCAUCGAAAGCGCAGGCGCCGGCUACGGAGACAGCUGCGUCAGGAUUGGUUGACUACGAUUCAGAUUAA